AUGCACUUCACCGGCCUUAUCGCUCUUCUGGCCGCCCCGGCCAUGGUUGCAGCCACCCUGGACCCGGCUACAUCGAACACCAAGGGCAAGAAGCCCAGCACCCUCAACUGCAGCGAUAUCCACUCACACUGGGCACUGGGCAAUCCUUUAGCUGCCGCCACGUCCAAUGCCAUCCAGGCCGCCGAGUGCUCCCACAACACUCGCACUUCAACCACACAGACCUUUGCCGUCUUCGAGACCGACCACCAAUACGACGCAAACAACGGUGCUCCCUACGGUACUUGCACCGCUUACACCUGUACCGCCCCUACCAGCAGUGAGCUGGAGACCGACUCCGACUACUGGAUCUUCUACUGGGGCAGCGGUGGCGAGAGCUCCGGUUACGGCACUACCUGCAUCAAGGACCCCAACACCGGAGAGUGUGGUUGCGAGAACUCGGAUGGUACUUUUGUUGCUGGUAGCUCCAGCUGCACUUAG